GUUGACAAGAGAGGAAGGAAGCUUGUUGACUAUGACCAUGCAAAGCACAACUACAGUUCUGCAAAGCUUCAAGUACAAAAGAAGGGUGAAACAGAUCCAAAAGUGGCCAAAGCUUACACUGAGCUACAACAAGCAGAGACCCUUUAUAAAGAGAUAAAUAACGAGUUGUUAGAGAUACUCCCAGCUACAUAUGAUAGUCGUAUCACAUUUUAUGUUGACACGUUGCAAUCUUUAUUCAAUUCACAAAGCAUAUAUCAAGCAGAAUGUUGUAAGCUUAACAAACAAAUUGUUACCCAAUUGGACCGCCUUGGUGAAUCCAUGGAUUCCCUUCGAGUUCCACGACCAGAGCCGCGACCCUCCACUCCUACUGAUAGCAAACUGGCUGCUGCACCUCCUCGAGCUGAAAGAUCCGAAAAGGAUAAUGGCAAAAUCGAAAAGGAGACACUGAGAAAAGAGAAAGAUACGAAAAAUCCAUUCGAGGAAGAUACGGAUGAGGAGCACCCAACAGUGCCCGAAGAGGCUCCGCCUACAGAGCAUGCAUUAGAAGGAGUGACUAAGGAGGCACGUAAGGUGCUCUAUCUUGUGAAAGCUACUCAUGAAUACAAGGCCGUGGACACAGACGAGUUAUCCUUUUCUCCUGGCGAAACAUUAAAGCCCGAUGACCCAUACCAAAGUCAUGUGAAAUGUGCCAUAGAAAUUCCAUUGCUACUUGAAGCUGAAAGGCCGCCUUUUGUUGCUACCGAAUAUCAUAGAUAA